CAGCCCCCAGAGGUCCGAGCUGCGCGCGCUGGGUCCCGGACCCGUCUCCGCGCGCGUGGUUGCCGUCGCCGCUUCCGCACCAUGGCUUUCGUCACCAGGCAGUUCGUGCGCGCCGCGUCCUCCUCGGCCGCCGCCUCGGCCGCCGCCAAGAAGAUCAUGGUCAAGCACGUGACGGUCAUCGGCGGCGGGCUGAUGGGCGCGGGCAUCGCGCAGGUUGCUGCAGCAACUGGCCACACAGUGGUGUUGGUGGACCAGACAGAGGACAUCCUGGCAAAAUCGAGAAAGGGGAUUGAGGAAAGCCUCAGGAGGGUGGCCAAGAAGAAGUUUGCAGAAAACCCCAAGGCUGGUGAUGAGUUUGUGGAGAAGACCCUGAGCAGCAUAUCGACCAGCACAGACGCAGCGUCCGUCGUCCACAGCACGGACCUGGUGGUGGAGGCCAUCAUAGAGAAUCUGAAGGUGAAGACCGAGCUCUUCCAGAGGCUGGACAAGUUUGCCGCCGAACACACAAUCUUUGCCAGCAACACUUCCUCUUUGCAGAUUACAAGCAUAGCCAAUGCCACCACCAGACAGGACCGAUUUGCCGGGCUCCAUUUCUUCAACCCAGUGCCCGUGAUGCGGCUUGUGGAGGUCAUUAAAACACCCAUGACCAGCCAGAAGACGUUUGAAUCUCUGAUGGACUUCAGCAAAACCCUGGGAAAGCAUCCUGUUGCUUGCAAGGACACGCCUGGGUUUAUUGUGAACCGUCUCCUGGUGCCGUACCUCAUGGAAGCAGUCAGGCUGUAUGAACGAGGGGACGCGUCUAAGGAGGACAUCGACGCUGCUAUGAAGUUGGGCGCUGGGUACCCCAUGGGCCCAUUUGAGCUUCUCGAUUACGUUGGGCUGGAUACCACGAAGUUCAUCUUGGACGGGUGGCAUGAGAUGGAUGCAGAGAACCCCUUGUUUCAGCCCAGCACGUCCAUGAACAAGCUGGUGGCAGAGAACAAGUUCGGCAAGAAGACUGGAGAAGGAUUUUACAAAUACAAGUGAUGCGAAGCUUCUCUGGCUCCGGGAGGAACCCCCGUAAGCACGCACAGCAGCCCUCCCAGUGCCCGGGAAUGCCCUCCGGUCAGAGGUUCCCUCACACCGUGCAGUCUGUUCCUGUGCAUUCUGAUUGUAAUCUCCCUGAAGUAAUUAUUUACACUAGUUACCGUAAUAGCAGGUUCCUUCAUUGAGAAUUAAUCUCUUUUUUAGUCUGUUUGUUGCUGUGUAUUUUCUAAAAAGCUUUACACCCUUGGUGCCUUGGAGCAAACAUUUCUUUUGAACCUUG